AACCAAAAUAACAAACAAGGAAGUAAAAGUGCUUCUGUCAAUGAGUUCCGUUAGGGUCGUACCGUUUGGACCACGGCUCGUUAUAUACUUCAUUGAUUAGAGAGGGGCACUUUUAGCGGACCUGGCAAUGCAGAAUGUACGAAAACGUCGAGGGAACGAUUCACACAGCACUGCUGGUGUUUGUAAGGAAAAUGUCCCGGAGAGGAAAAGGCCACCCUUUCACUUUGACCUGUGGUUCUGUCUGACUCUGCAGAACUGGAUACUUGACUUUGGAAGACCCAUCGCUAUGAUUGUCCUUCCUCUGGAGUGGUUUCCGCUGAACAAGCCAAGUGCUGGAGACUAUUUCCACAUGGCCUACAAUGUCAUCACGCCAUUCCUAAUGCUCAAGCUGACCGAGCGCACUCCCAGGCCCGUUCCCCACACAGCUGUCCACCUCUGCAUCGUCACUUUUGUGAUGGGGGCCAGCAUCCACCUGGUGGGAGACUCCAUCAACCACCGGCUCAUCCUGAGCGGCUACCAGCUCCACCUGUCAGUCAGAGAAAACCCAAUCAUCAAAGACCUCAAACCGGCUUCGCUGAUUGAUUCAUUUGAGCUGCUCUAUUAUUAUGAUGAACACCUGGGACACUUAAUGUGGUAUAUUCCAUUCUUCAUCAUUCUGUUAAUCUACUUCAGUGGCUGCUUCUCAACCUCGGAGGAUCAGAAGAAAAUCCCUGUCUCAGGUUGGCUGUUGCUUGGACCCAGCUCUCUUUACUAUUGGUACUUGGUCACAGAGGGUCAAAUCACUGCACUCUUCCUUCUUACUUUCCUCGCCAUGUCUGCCAUGAUGAUUUUUCAACGUCGUAAAGGCCUCGGCCCAGACAGCAAUGGCUCCUUUCUUUUUUAUAGCUUCAGCAUUACUGUGCUGCUGGUGUCUCUGUGGGUGGCCUAUCUGUGGAACGACCCGGUGCUUCGCAACAAAUACCCUGGACUGUUUUAUGUUCCAGAGCCCUGGUCUUACUACACCUUACACAUAAGGAAGAGCCACUGAAUCAAAGGUUCAAAUUCUGAUCAUAGGAGCAACCAUUGUUUUUAUAAUGUGACCUGUUAUUUCUGAAGCGCAGUUCGUGGUAAAGAGAUAAAAUCUUCUCCCAGACAUUAAUCAGGUAAUGAAACCUGCUGAGCACCAGCUUCUCAUGACAUGAGGUUUCAGGUUAUGAGAAACAAAUAAUUGCCUGGAGAAAAUGCUUUUGAUAUGUUAGGGUUUUUACAAUGUUUUCAGGACUGUUGUGUGUUUGCUUUGUUAAAAUGAAAAGCAUGACAUGCAGUAUAUUUAAAGGCAAAAGUAGGUUUUUCACUUGUGUCAUCAGUCAGUGUCACACAUUAUCACAGUCUGUUACCUUCUAGCCCAAAGACUGCUGUAUGUUAAAUCUGUAAGAAUUGUUUUAAUGAUGUGUACCAUGAGUACAAUGUAUCAACUCAUAUUUUAAAUAAAUGUAUACAACAAG